AUGGUUUACAUCUUUGACCUCAUAAAGUUGUUUGAAGACGUACCUGAUAUUUUAGACGACUGCCUGACACGCAUUUUGCAUUCUCCCAGAAUUUUAAAGCUUGGCUAUAGUUUUCAAUCUGAUGUGAAGCAGCUCGCUCAUUCUUAUGGCGAUCUGGAGUGUUUCAAGCACUACGAGAUGCUGCUGGAUAUCCAGAAUGUGUUCAGAGAACCCCGGGGUGGUCUUUCCGGCCUGGCAAAGAAAAUUUUGGGAGCUGGUUUGAACAAAACAAGACGAGACAGCGACUGGGAGCAGCGGCCUUUAAGUCAGGAUCAGGAUGGUGAUGCGAUAAUGCCUGAUCUCUGGACCAUGUAUGCAGGCUACAAUGACCCUAGU